AUGGUAGGCAAAGUAGGUCACGGGCGACAUGGCAGUGGUUUCGAGCGGGCUCUUGUCUGCGCACAUAUGAGGGCACAGAAGCAAGCGAAACGAGCUGCAGUGGAUGCUGAGAUGAUUGCAGAAGCUUUGCGAGACACUUCAUUGGUUAAAGCGGGGUCAACCUUUAAUCUUGAAGUGAAGCCGCAUGCUUCAGCUCCUGGUGGUAUCAAGAUCUUCCUGCAAAAAGCUCGUAGCAAAGGCAACCGGUUCGUCAGGAAGAUACCCUUUGUGAAAUUCAUUAAAGCAUCAUUUGGCCAGAACACGAGUAAUAUCGCCUUGGCUACAUUGCUUGGAGUGGAUUCAUCGACUAUCCCGAGAUUACAAAAAUCCUGUGCGGGGGUCUUUAUGGCCCAGCAGGCUCGGAUGGUAGCGAAGUUGUGUGCAUACUGCCAGAGAUGUUCUCCUCUGGUAGUCCUUCACCAGAUCAAGUGGGAUGAAUCCACUGUGUCAACUAGCUUGAAGCCUGGAGGUACAGCUCAAAGUGUCAAAUCUGCCUGGAGUGUGCUUGUCGUUCGGAGUCGUCUACUCAUCAUAUGGAGCUCGGGUGCCACAUGGCAGAUGCGGCUUGUGUAUCCAACGAUCCCCUUGAUGGGUUCCUCAGCCGACCAAAUCUACUACGGUCUGCGUUUCCACCCGUCAUUUUACACCUUGAAUGAGAUGUUGCGGAUGCUGAAAUCAACGGCUGAGCUGAAGGGAAAUCUGCAUGAGGAAACAUUGGUGUUUCGUGCACAUUCUGACAGCCUCUCAGCGCCCGAUCCCUUGAUGGAGCAAACUCUUGAUUUCUUGCAAACGUGGCACCACGGUCGUGAUGCGGACUCUGGGCAGGAUGCGAGCUGCAACAGCAGUCGCUUUCAGCGCCUUUUGAAUGAGUUUCGAGACAUGUGGAAUGGAUCUUAUGCAGGUGUCCCUGUUCACAGAUGUUGUUCCGGUCAUUGUCAGUCACGGGAAGAGGCUGUAGACAAGAUGAGCAAAACGAUGAUUGCAUUGUUGUUGACAUGUACCCCGGCGGUGCCGUCGCCGAACAAGUGGACGAAAAUCUUUCCAUCGUCUGAUUUCGUGGCACUAGGAAUCUUGAUCAAUGGGUUUCUGCCAAACAUCUUUGACAUAGCUUUCAAGGCUAUCAACUUUUCCUCCGAUGUGCAGCUGGAAGAAACCGAUCCACGAUUACUGGAAGGAUUGUUCUUUAGUGCAGUUCAGGGCAAGCGAUACGUGUCCAGCAGCGAGUUUCUACAUUGUCCUUUGGCACAGUGGGCAUGCAGAUCGUGGUUGCUAGUGUCAGAGCAUCUUCGUCGCCUGGUGUUUCUGUGGCUGCGUAAUCUGAAAGCAGGCAAAGUCUUCGGUAAGCGGUCUCCUGUGUUCGAGUUGCUUGACAAGCGGAGCAGCUGUGUCUGGGCUGUCCUCCAAAAUAUUUCGCACCAAUUGUUGCAGAAAGACGGUGGAGGCCGUCUUUGCAUGCUCUGGAGAGCCUCGGGUUUUGCCUCCUAUGAAGAGUGGCUCCAGCAUGCUUCGCAGGAGGUCAGGGAUCUUCGGAGGAUUUUAAUUUCUUUGUCCGGCUGGAUCUUUCGUCGCCACGUAGCUUACUUCCAGGAUAUGCCGUGGGGGCUUGUGCAGCUCGUCGACCCGCUGGCGGAGCCCGACGUGGCUCAAGCAGUUCGAGAUCGUUGGGACGGUGCGGGGCAGUGCUGUGUUCCGGCAGGAAUGGCCCGCAGCUUGAAAAAACUCGGCAUAUCGGGUCAGGAUUUGUGCACGGUUCCGAAGUACAAAGCACUAUUGAGUGCCUAUGCCAGGCUCCUGGACCUAUCCAUUGCCGAUGUGGAAACCAAACAUGCUCUUUCGAGACACUGGAGCGACCGCCCAUUUGAAGCAAAAGUUUGUGUACAGGAGGCGCAAUCGCAAGCUGAAUCAUUGAAGCCAAAGCCUGAGGAGUCACUGACCGGCACAGCUUCCAAAGCAUCAGCUGGAGCACUGGUAUGCAUGAAGGAGAAGCAGAUACGUAGCAAAGCUGCUUACAUGUUCUUCCGGGACGACAUGCUUGAAGCCCGUCGUACAUUGCAGUCCGAUGUUCCCGUGAACCCUUGCAACGAAGCUUUUUGGCAAGAGCUGAGGCAGAAAUGGGAGGCACUGCUUCCGGAACAGCGAGCCUACUACGAGGAAAAAUCAGCCCAGAGCAAGAUUCAGUGCGAGCAGAAGCGACUCGAAAAGCGAAAGCGAAAAGCAGGCCCCGAUGUCAUUGUCAAGGCUAUCAAGGAUGAUGACGGAGGGUGUUGCCCGGAUGCUGCUGCUGCUCAGGUGCCUGCUGAAUCGAGGUUGGUGCCCGGAGCAGUGUUGCAGCCUCUUAUGUUGCCGGGCGAUGUGAAUUCCAGCCUGUCCUACAAUCCCUGGGUGCUUGCAUCUGACGCCUCAACAGCAGAAGAUGUCACUUCACUGGCAGGUAAUGGUGGCGAGGUUUCCGUGGAUCUCGUUGAUGAGUGCCUUAAGCAGAGCCCUGUAUCUCAGAGUCAUCUCGAGUCGUGGUGGCGGGGGUCUUUGUCGAAAGGGGUAACAUGGGCUCAGACCUUGGACCAGUACAAUCGUGAAUCGCAGCGGUUCAGUUUGCCUCCUGCAGAAUCUGCUUUUCCCGACCGUGUCACCUACCAGGGCCAUUGUGGAGUGUUCUGUCGUAAUCAAGCCGCUGCAAGUGAAGUCUUGUUCUAUAGGCACUUGCUUCAAGCCUUUGACAAAUCAGUUUCGCUUUCUGGGCAAGGUUGUGUGGCUGCUGCCAGCAGAGCCGACAUUUUGUUGAGGUUCCAUUUGCUGGGUCCCGAAUCACAGGUGCUGUCGGAGCGAUAUGCUUGGUUGACAGCCCCAUCGGCGCAGAGCGGGCCUCAUGCUCCGACACAGAUUUUUGUUAUGCUGGAAAGUCGUUCUGAAGCUGCCGGUGUUCGCCUGUGGCUGCGAUCGGGGCAACGUCUGGAGUCCCAGGUUGCUUGGUGCUCGCAGGCAUUGCAGAAGGGGCCCCUUGUUCAUGAAACAGAGCAAGAAUUUGCGAAAACACUGUUGGAUGAACUUUCCGACCUCAGGGGUCAGGCCAUACAGAUUCGUAGGAUGUCCUUCAGAGAUGUAGAUUUGGCAACUGUGAUUGUCGAUGGUGCUUGGCCGGGCUGGCAAGACAUUGUGGUGAGCUUGGUUGCAAGUAGCGACGAACCGCAACAGCAUCAGGGUCCAGAUGCUGGUGCACGACCAGCACUCGCAAAUGAGCCCCAAAGCCAAGAUAUGGAUCUGCUCUCACAACUGUUGGAAGGUCCCUCGCGAGGUAGGGGUCGAGCUAGGGGUCGUGGAGGCCGCACGUCAUCGCAGCUUCGGAAAGCCUUUGUGAGUUCCCUGCCCUUUGAUCAGCCGUCCGAAUCAGAGUUGCAAGCUGAACUUGCGACUUUUUUACAGGAAGAGCAUGUGCUGCCACCAGAGCCCGCCACGAGGCUCGAACGAGCUGUGGAGGAUCCAGUUGCCGUCGCUUCCAUGGACCCGUCUUUUGGCGAGUCUGUGCUCCAUGCUGUUGAUAUGUGUCGGGCAGCAGACGAAGGCUUCGAGGCUGUCUUUUCAGAGUCCGAUGACAAUGAAGUCGUCGGAGAAUCCGAUGAGGUCAAGCAAGGCGACGAAUCGGGAGAGGCGGUCCAAGAGGUCGUUGAAGAGGGCCCACCAUCCACUGAGGCGCCCUUCUCGGAAGGAGCCGGGGUCCUUGAUCCCGGGCAUGCAGCUUGGUCCGGGAGCAGCAUUUGUUGUCGUCUUGGUCGGCAUUCUGGUUCGGAUUUUCAUGGGAUUGAGAAAGAGUUGUCAAUGUCAGAUGUUAGUGUUUAUUUAAUAUUAAUAUUGCGUAAUAUAAAUAUUAUAUGA